AUGCGAAAAAUUGUUGUGGAUAAUCAUCGUCUGAUAUGUCUACAAUUUUUGGAAUGUUGUCUUGGAUCUCCUUUGCCAGUAGACGGGCGUGUUUGCCUCAAACGGCGGGGGACUCGUUUAAUAAAAACACUGGCAAGGAUUGACGUCGAUGUGUUUUAUCUGAAAAGCAUCUCACUCUCUCUCUCACUCUUCUUUCUUUCUUUCCCUUUCUCUUUUUCUCUGUCUCUCUUAAUCUCUUUCCCUUUCUCUCCUCUCUUUCUCUUAAUCUCCUUCUAUAUUUCUCUUUCUCUUAGACUUCUUUUUUCCCCCUUCUCUCCUUCUCUUACUAUCUUUUCUUUCCUUUUCUCUCCUUCACUUUAUUUCUUUUUCUUUUCUUUUCUUUCUUUCUUUCUUUCUUUCUUUCUUUCUUUCUUUCUUUUCCUUUCUUCCUUUCUCUCUUUCUCUUCUUCUUUCUUUCCCAUUCUCUCUUUCUUGAAUUCUUCUUUUUUUCCCUUUCUCUGCCCGUCUCUUUCUCUUAGUCUUCUACUGUUUUCCUUUUCCCUCCUUCUCCCUCUUACUCUCUCACUCUGCCUCAAGAUUUUCUCGCCUCAGAACACAACUACCUCCUCCCGUUUAUCUAAUCUAUUUUACUCUCCUCUCUCUCUCUUUCUAUCUGUCUCCGUCUCUUUAAAUUAUCUCACUCUCAAACAAAUAUACCUCCUCACGUUUAUCUUUUUCUCUUUCACUCUCCUCCCUUUCUUUCACUUUCUCUUCCCCCCCCUCUCACUUUGUUUUUCUGUCGCUACUUUAAGUUUUCUCCCUCCUGGGCAGGGCUUCUCCCUUUCGUUUUUGUUUCUCUAUUUCGCUCCCCUCUUUCUCUUGUGCUUCCUUCUAGCAGGAUGUAGCCGUGGAUAG